ACAUAUAUUCUUUUUUAUUUUCGGACGAUAAAUUGUGUUCAUCAAGUGUUCUUUUUUUUGUUGGUUAUAUUCAAUGGCUAAACGGUGCAUACAAUAUUUGACAUUUGCCUAAGUGAGUGAUGGAUGUUCGACAGAGUGCGGCGUGCAAUGAGUUUAAGCGCCUAAGGGCAGGCAACAACAAGUGAUAAAUAAACGACAACUGCAUCAUACAUACAUACAUACAUACAUAUGUAUGUAUGUAAAUAUGUGAAUAUAGAUACAUAUUUAUGUAUGCGGAUAUUUAUGAGAAAUAGCGAAACACGCCCAAAGCGAUAGCAAUAAAGAAGUUUCGCUAUCGCAUACAAAAGACGUUGCACGACAAUUCCUGGCAAGGCGAGCAACCGCAAACACAACAACAACAACAACAACAUCAUCAUCUUCGACAACAAUAAACAACGCCCAUCAGCAGCAACAACAACAACAACAAUAGGAGCAGAAGCAGCAGACAGUGUUGCCAAGUGGCGUAAAGACAAGAGACAAAAACAGUCGGAAUAAACGUAACGUAAACGUCCUUGGUUAACGGCAAAACGACAAAACUGGAACAGGCGUAAAAAGCACAAUACGAAAGUCGGACUGCACACACACACACACACACACAUACACACAGCCAAGCGCGCUUUGCUCAGAGACAGACAUAAACAAGUGGAAAGACAAAAACAGUGUGUGCUACAAAAAAAUAUGGCAGCAGCAGCGCCAGCAUCGCCUACAGCAACACCAACAACAACAGCAACAGCAGUAGGGACAACAGCAUCAUCGACUGCAGCAGCGGCGUCGACGUCAAGUGAGCUUGGAGCUGGCGUUGGUGGAAGUGGAGGUGGACAAGGUGGUGCAGGUGCUAUCGAUACCUCAUCGGGCAACGGCAUCGAGAUGCUCAAGGCACUAUACGAUUUCCAAGCGGUUUAUCCCAAAACGAUCAGUUUCGAUGAGGGCGAAUAUUUUAUACUAUAUCAGACAUCGGCACGCCAACGUAAUUGGUGGCAAGUGGUUAGCAUGAAGGGCAACAUUGGCUUUGUGCCAUCCAAUUACGUAAUGAAGAUUAAGGUGGAGCAUGAUUUUCUCAUCAGUUUUCUCAACUCAUCGAUUGAAUCGCUGGAAAAGUGCACGGAUCCGGAGAUCAAUGGCAUUAUGUCCAAGGACGAGCUGCUCGACCGUCUGCGCGAAAAGAAGCACACCAUGGAGCGUCUCUAUGCCGAGAGUUCGGAACGUGACGGAGACUCAUCGUUGUCCUAUUCGCACAGCUACAGCGACAAGCAGCUGAGUGGCAGUCACAGUCAUUCGCAUCGCCAUUCACACUCGCAUCCACACUCUUCGCACCAGCAACAGUUGCAGCACCAACAGCAGCAUCAACAAGCGUUGCAAUCGCAACAAAACAGUCCGCCUGCCACAAAGCGUCUGGACAUGAGCAAGAAGAGCAUGUCGAGUCCAGCGGUGGGCGUUAGUGUGCCACAUGCCAUGCCCGAAUCGCCCAGCAUGGGCAGCAUGCAGCUGCAGAGCAGCAGUUGCACCAUACAGACACCGCAGCAACAGUUGCAGCAGCAGCAACAGCCGCUGCCAGCUCCUCCUCAGGUGGCCAGCACAUCAACAGCAGCAGCAGCGGCAACCGCAGCAGCAGCUGCAGCGGCAGCGGCGGCGGCAGCACAGAAAGUCACAGCCUCGGAGAUGGCACAGGAUAAUAGCAUCACCUCGGAGCCAUCGGAGACAACCACAACGACAACGACGACCAGUGAAGAUGUGGUCACCACAUACAAGGAGACCAGUCAACUGAGUGCGGCCAACGGUGUUGCGACUGCGUCAAAUUCGGCAACGCCAGCCAACGGCAAUUCAGCAGCAGCGGCCAACUCAUCGUCGGCUGCUUCAUCGUCGGCAGCAGCAGGAGCGGCGACGGCGUCGUCAUCGACUCGGAAACCAACGCAUGCUGAGCCACAGAGUCUGAGUCUCAGCCAGGGAGCGGAGGAUAAAUCGGAUGAGGCGAGCGAUGAGGAUGAUGAUGUCGAUGUCGAUGAUGAUGGAUGCAAUGGCUGCACAAAUCCGGCCAUCAAUAGUGCCGACAACAGUCAAGCGCUAGACGACAGCAUCGAGAGUCCAUCGCCAUCGCAUCGUCUCGCAGCUGCUGCAGCAGCAGCGGGAACAGCGGCAGCGUCAUCAUCGAGCAAUGGCCGAGGUCAGCUAAAGGUGGAGUCAUCGGAUGUCUAUCAAAUUGUCGAUGCACUGCGUCGGAAUACGAAUCUCAGUUUCGAUUUGUCGUGCGAGGCAUUGCGUGUUGUGUUGACCAGCCUGGAGCAGUUGUACAAUGGCGCCAUCAAUCCGUAUCUGGAGGCAGUUGCUGUCCAUGUUACCGGCAAAGUGCCGACGCCCAAGGAGCUGCUGGGCAUCACACACGAUGCGAAGCGUUUGCAGUAUUUGUUUAACCAGUUGGCCGAUUGCAAGAACGAUACGGAGCAGCGGACUUGGAUGCUCUACGAAGAUGAGGAGGAUAUUAUACAGUUUCUUGAGGAACUUGUCGAAAUACUGAACAAUGCGGAUGAGAACAUCAGUUGCUAUGAGAUGUCGUGCGAUCAGUAUCAGAUGUUCAUCAAUCUGGUGCAGUACUAUCAGAUGGAGACACGCUGGUCCAUCAAACGCCUCCUGCUUCAGACCUUCACAGCUGCCUGUCAUCUUGAUCACAUUAUCGUCGACAUUCUGCUAACUUCAGUGCUGCCACUCGAGAUUGUCGAAGACAUGAAGGCACACUUUGCCAAUCUGGAUCGGUUUAAGCAGCUGGUCAAGAUGCUAACCAUAAUAUUCUCGCUGGGCCAGCUGAUGCCUGUGAAUCAUCAAGAUUAUUUGGGCGUGCACUUUGCCAGCUUUCUACUGGAAAUUGUCGAGGGCAACAACCCGGAGGUGCUGGUGGAUAUGGUGAUCGCUCUGAUACUGGCAUUCAAUCAACAGUUUAGCGAGCAUGCGGUGAAUGUGAUCAUCGAAGCCAUGCAGAAUCUGCCCACAGCCAAAGUGUUCACCGAGAAGCUGUUGUUGCUGCUCAAUCGAGAAGAUGAUCCAACGCGACUGCUGAAGCAUCACAAUGAGCACAUGAACACGGUGCUGCGCAUGUUUAUUGACAUCUUCAGUCAUCCGGAUACGGCUGGCAUGUUUUAUACAAACGAUAUUAAGGUGCUCAUUGAUAUUGUGGUGCGUCAACUCUCCGAUCUGGAUGCGGGCAAUGUGUUACGUCCGUGCUAUUUGGAGCUGUGUCGUCGCAUUUUGCGCAACACAAACUAUCAGGAGCAUCAGCAUCGCAAGCACGAUCUCAUGAAGAUCUUUACGCGCAUCUUUUGCGAGGAGACCGAAUGCAGUGCAUCCGAUCAGCAGUUAGUGCGCGAAAUCGCCAACGAAUUUCCCCAAUUGUUUAAGGCAUAAGAAAGUGGUGGAAAAUGGAAAGUGAAAGUGAAAAACACACAGCCAGAAUAUAGAAUUGCAAACAGAAAAAACACAACUCCUAAAACCAACUAAAACCAAAAUAAAUACCAAUCUAAAGCGUUGCUAGUGAGGCUACCAAAGCGAGCCAACCAAAAAAACAAUUUCAAUUUUAAAUUGUAUAGUUUACAAAACUGAGAAAUCAACAAAAGCAGCAGCAGCAGCAGCAGUUAAAUAACUUUUCGGAUAGCCUUAAACAAAUGAAUCAACUGCAUUUCAAAUCUUAUUUAUUGACCUAGUUUUAAUUAGUUUAAUGUUUUCUGUUAUGUCCUGUCCUGUCCUGGUCUGUCUUUAAGUUAACCCAAAUCGAGUCAAUAUUUGUAUCUAUUUAGAUGUAUUUAUGCUGCGGCUUGCCGUUGCGCUAACUCUGCUUUUAAUCGUUGCAGUUUUAUAUAGAUCAUUAAUUAAUUAGAAAUCAUUAUCAAUAUGAUUAUUAUUAUGAUAGUAAUAUAUAUUUUAGUUAACGAUUAAGUCGAUGUCGUCGAUGUGGUAGAAAGCCAAAGAGAGAGAUAAAAAAAUCAGUUUGGUUUCGAUUUUAAAUCUUAUUAUGCAAAAAUUAUGAAAUGCAGGCAUUUUCAGUUUUUAACUACAUUAUGAUAUAGAGUGGCAAAAAAAAUAUACACAUUACAUAUAUAUAAACUGUGUAUUUUUUAGAGAUGAACAACCAAAUUUAUAGAAAGAACAAGACACAAAUUUUACAUCAACCAAAUUUAUAGUUAAACGAAAAAGUAAAAGAAAAUGAAGCAAAUGAAGUACGAAAAACGAAUAUGAGAAUGAAAAUGAAAAUGGCAUGCAAUUGAUUUAUUUAGCAAACAAUAAAUGACAAAAAAAUUAAAAAGUAUAUAGUAUAUAUAAUAUAUAUAUAGGAAAAGGAAACGAAAACGAAAAAGAUGGGCAAAGUAAAUUCACUAAGCAAAUGAUAUUUAUAGAGAGUAAAAUACAAGAACAUAAAUGUUAAUUGCAAUCAAUAAUACAAUGAUAUUUAAUCAAAUCCAAACUAAUGAGCAUAAUGUUAAAUUUGUUUAUAUAAUCUAUGAGAAACAAAUCCCAAAUACAACCACAAACACACACACACACACAUAAUUACGAAUACGAUCGAAAAUCGACGACUGUUGUUAAAGCUCAGCCGCAAAAUGGCAUUAAAAAAAAAACCCAAACAAAAAAAAGAAACAAAACACAAUUGUAACAACAAAAUCAAAUAAUUAUUAAUGCAUGAAUGAUAAUAGACAAUUAUACAAAAUUUGUUGAGAACAUGAAAAACACUUUCGCUCUCUCUCUCUCUCUAUCCCUCUCUCUUUCUCUAACACAUACACCUUCACUCUCGCUAUCUCUAUCUAAUCAAAUCAAUAACAAGAAA